AUGUUGAGUCCCAAGAGGCUUGUCGAGAAGGCAAAGAAGGGUCUGCCCUUGAUGAGAUCAAAUAGCCGGUCCAGUACUUGUGAUUUCAACAACAUAGUGGCUGCUGACAAAGGCCAUUUUGUUGUGUACAGUAUGGACGAUGCAAGAUUCGUGGUGCCGUUGUCAUUCCUCAAGAGUUGUAUCGUUCAGGAGCUCCUAAAGGUUUCAGCCGAGGAGUUUGGAUUGCCCGGAGAGGGGCCAAUCACCUUGGCCUGCAGUGGAGUUUUCAUGGAGUACGUAGUCUCCUUGCUCAAGAGAAGCGUGUCUAGAGAUGUGGAGUUGGCUUUGCUUGCCUCCAUCGAUUCAAGCCGGUGCUCGGAUUCCUCGUUGGUUGGCCUUGGUUGUGACCAACAAUGA